UGAAGAAGAGGCGGCGGCGGGAGAAAGGAGGAGGCGGUAGGGGCGCGAAACUGCGGUAGCGGCCCGCUGGGUGCGUUCCGGCUUUGUGGGGAGGGCGGAGGUCCUCACGCGGUUUCCGGCCGUGCUUGGGGCUCUGGGCUGGGCGCGGCGGUGAAGCCGCGUCCCGGGCCCCCCUGGCUCCGCCAUGUUCCGCAGGGCACGCCUAAGCGUGAAGCCGAAUGUCAGGCCCGGUGUCGGCGCCCGGGGUUCCACGGCUCCCCAGCCCCAGCGUGGACGGGAGUCUCCCAGGCCACCGGAGCCUGCAGCCGAGUUCGCCCCAAAGACUGCGGAGUCUGCACAUGUGCCGGCGGUGGCUUCCGGGGGAUCGGAGCCCCAGGAAAAGGCUCCCGUGAGCAGGGAUGAAAACACUGGUGGUGAACAUAAGGUUGAAGAAUCCACUAAUGUGUCCACUACUGCUUCACAGAGAAGAAAACGAGUAUCAAGUACUUCUAGUCUAGGGAAACCAAGUGUCAGUGUUCCUUCACAGUCUCAUCCCUUAUCUACAGUUAAUCAAGACACUUCACAGCCAAACCCCAUUACAACAAGAGAGAAGCAGCCAUGUUCAGACAGAUACCGAAUAUAUAAAGCCCAGAAACUGAGGGAGAUGUUAAAGGAAGAGCUCAGAAAAGAGAAGAAACAAUGGAAAAACAAAUACGGUAUAAAUGAAAGCCAGAAGAUAGCAGAUCGUUCAAAAAUGACAAUGAGAGACUUCAUAUAUUAUCUUCCAGAUAAAAAUCCCAUGGCUUCUUCACUGGAACAAGAAAAGAAAAAUGAAAAAUCAGUGACUCCAGUUCAAACAAGAGAGCAAGAAAAUAAGGGUACUCUUGAUGCUGAUGAAAAUGAAGAAAUGGAAGAAGAGAUAGAUGAUGGGCCAUUGCUGGUCCCUCGUGUAAAAGUGGCUGAAGAUGGCUCUAUUAUUUUGGAUGAAGAAAGUUUAACUGUUGAAGUUUUAAGGACAAAAGGCCCCUGUGUUGUUGAGGAAAAUGACCCUAUAUUUGAGCGAGGCUCUACAACUACCUAUUCCAGCUUUAGAAAAAACUGUUACUCUAAACCAUGGUCAAAUAAAGAAACAGAUAUGUUUUUUUUAGCCAUCAGCAUGGUAGGAACGGACUUUUCUAUGAUUGGACAACUUUUUCCUCACAGAGCAAGAAUAGAAAUUAAGAAUAAAUUUAAACGUGAAGAGAAAACAAAUGGAUGGAGAAUAGACAAAGCAUUCCAAGAAAAACGUCCUUUUGACUUCGAUUUUUUUGCUCAUUUACUUCAGAAAGUUCUUGCUGAAGAAGAGAAAAGAAAACAAAAAUCUGUUAAAAAUCAGAGUUUGAAGGAAAAGUCCUCCAAACCACGGAAAAACGUAAAAGUGAAAAAAGUUACUAAUGUAGGAGUGAAUGAUGAGCCAGAUGAAUCUGUGAGUACUAAAAUUUCUGAUACAGAAAGAUCUCUGAAGGAUGCUCAGACAGUUGAAGAAGAAUCUCUGAUUUCAUCAGGACAGGAUUCAGAACAAGUUGUAUUAGAACAAGACCAAAAUCAAAAGAAAAGGAAAAGGAAGAAUCAAGAUGAGACUAAUGAACAGCAAGUAGAAAACCUUUUAGGAAAUGUCACAGUUCAUACAAGUCCAUCUGAAAGUGAAGUAAACAAGAGUGGCAGUCAGGUUUUGUGUCCUGAGACAAGUGAAGGAUGCAGUGCGCAGCAGCUUUCCUGUCGGGAAAGCGUGGAUGACAUUGUGGGGUUAGCACCUAAAGAAAAAGUUGAGAAGAGAACUGACCCCAUCCUUUCACCAAGUAAUCAACCAGAUACCAUGCCAAUAGCUUCUAAGUCUUCAGAAUCAAGCACUUCAGAUUUACCCCCAUCAGAAGUUGGAGAUGUAGCAUUUUAUGAAGUGAAUAAUUCUGACAGUAGUUGUACAGAAGGAAAACAUGUUGACUUAGAGAAAAAAUCAGUGGAAAUUGAUCAAGCAGAAAAUAUCAAACCAUUGUUGAGAGUUCGUCACCAGCGACCUAAACCUAAUCUGUCCAGGGCAAUUGGGAAAAAAUUAGGCAAAACAGAUGCUGAGAGCAAGAGUUCACAGUCAGACAAUUCAGUUGAAAAGGAUUCCAUGGAAAAGGAGAAGAGGAAUGUAAUUGACAGUUCAGAAUUAGAGAGUACAAGAAGAGAGGACUCAGAAGCUGACACUGUAUCUACUUUGAGUGAAAAAACUUGUCUGCAGGAAGAUAAUCAGCCAAAGGCUUGCAAACCUGUACGACCAAUGCGGGGGCGAUUACAACGACCAAAGCCAAAUGUAGGGAAAGUUUCAGAAAGAAAAGAAAUGAUCACACCACAGGAAAAAAUUGGGGACAAUAUAGAGAAGAAUGGGAAUGAAUCUUGUGUUGAUAGAGAUAUUACUCCACAAACAACAGAUCAGACCUGUAAAAACUUCCAGUGUGAAGAUACCAUAUCAGAAUCAGAGAAGACUAAUAGUCCUUUUCAAAAUGUACAGCCAGAUGAGUCCAAAGAUCUUAAUCAAUAUCUAAGCAUUCCAGAGGAUAAUGAAACAAAUGUACUCAAACAAGUCUCAAUUCAAAGGACUCUAUUUCAGAAGCCAAAGCCAAAUAUAGGAAGAAGAAAUGGAAAAAGAGAAAUUUCCUCAAAAGGAGAGGUGCCAGAAGAAAUUCUUGUCUCUCAAGAACUAACAGCAACUUCGAGAGAAACUGUAAGACUAGAUACUUCACCUGGGGAGAAGGUACCAAGUACAACUGCUAGUACUAAGGAAUUGGACUCAGAUUUAAAAGCAACUGGAAGAAGUGACAUCUCUCCCAGUGAGAUCAUUCCAGAAAUGACUGAUAUCACUGGGGAAAUGGAGACAGAUUUGAAAGGAAUUGAAAGAGAGAUUUCCCCAAAAGAGACAGUACAGGGAAUGAUUGAUAUCACUGUAGAAACAGAGACUGCUUUGAGAUCAGCUAGAAAAGAGGUUUCUUCAAAGGAGACAAUACCUGAGUUGAUUGAUACCACUGAGGAAAAUGACACAAAUUUGGAAGAAAGUGGAAAGGAAAUAGUUCCACAAGAAAGUGGCCCUGAUGUAGACAAGCCUGUAAUUGAGAUGGAGAUGAGUUUGAAAGAAACUGGAAAAGAGAGAACAUCAGAAAUGAUUGUUACUACUAACAAAAGAGAUUUAGAAGAAACUGAGGGAAGAGAAAGUUCUGCAUUGCUAAAGGCCCAAGAGGAGGCCAAAACUAUAGAUGAAAUGAAAAUAUAUUUGAAAGAAAUCGGAGGAGAAUCAUCCCAAGGAGUAAAGGUAUUAGAGGAGGCUAAUGUUACUGGAAAAAGGGAAAUUGAUUUCAAUGAAACUGGAAAAGAAGACAUUUCCCUGAUGGAGAUAGUAUCAGGAAGGUUGACUGCCAUUGAGGAAACUGAGGCAGAUUUCAAAGACACAGGAAGAGAAAUUUCUGAAGGGAUCAAUAUUACUAAAGAAGUAAUGGCAGACUUGGAAGAAGAUGGAAAUAUAGACAUUUCUCCAAAGGAAAAUGCAGCAGAGGAAUCUGGUACUUCAAAACAAAAUGAGACAAAUGUAUUGCAGAGCAGUAGUAGUGACUGCAGCCCUAUGCCUUCAUGUGAUAUGGAAAACAUUAGAACUGAAGCAGCCUCGGUGAUGUGUACAUCUACAAAAGAGAAAGAAAGUUCUGAAAAGGAAGUGUCAAAUCAUUUGAAGACUUUUUCACAGAGUUCUGGGCUUUGUGAAGCAGAUCAGGUUGUACAACCUACAGAUAAUGCAGAUCAGGUGGUACAACCUACAGAUAAUGCAGAACACUUGUCAGCGAGUAACUUAAGCAAAUCUCUUCCUCAAGAACAGAAGCCAGUUGAAAGUAAACCAGUACCAAUUGUGAGAAGUCGAUUCAAAAGACCAAAACCAAACUUGGUAAGAGCAUCUUUAAAGAAAGAGACUACAGACUCAGAAAAAUAUUUGUCUGCAAAGAAGUCAGAAACACAUGAAAUAAAGACUGUUGUGGUACAGCAAGACGUUGAGCCAACUAAUAUUCUCUCUUUUCAACAUGAUUCUCUAACAACACCAAGAGAAAAAGAUAAGUCAGUUCAGGAGGAGGAGGCUGAAAUAGUGUCAUGUACAGAGACCGGAAAGGAUCCUUCACCUUCAAAUUCUUGUGAAACUAAAGAGGAAUCUCAGUUAACACAAACCCAGGAAAAUGAAUUAGUUAUCUUUAUGGGGACUCAAAAACAAGAUGAUUUCCAACAAAAGACAAAGGAAAAUGUUGUCCAAACUGCUCUACCACUGAGAGGCCGGCUUCAUAGACCAAAACCAAAUAUACGAAAGGCUAGACAGCGACAAAUAAUGGAAAAAGGUGAAGCUGAAGACAAAAUUAAGACAGAAGGAACAAUAGCACAGAAAGAUGAAAUGAAGAAAUCCCAAGCUGUGUCAAAUGCUGAAAUUGACACUGAAAUUGAAGUUGUAUCCUCCAAAGUUUCUGAAUGCAGAAUGGAUGAAAAUGAAAGUCAUGUGGUUCCUGCAGAAAGUCUCCAUGUUGACAAGACUAUUUUGGAGGAAAAAAAUAUUUUGGAGGAAAAGAUAAGAUGUGAAGAAAAUAAGCCAUGUGUUCCUAGUCCAGCACAAUUGAUAAGAAGAUUCUCCCAAAAGCCUAAGCCAAAUUUGAGCAGAGCAAACAGUAAAAAAGGAGCAGGUAUGAAAAAAGGCGCAACAGAUGAGAACAGGGUAUGCAAACCAGAAGAUAAUUUGCUGCAGCAAGGAGAUUCUGACACCCAGCUCCUUGUGAAAGAAAAGACAGAGAUUUUGACCUCUCUGGAAGUUUCAGCAAGAAAAGAUUGUGUAGGUUCUGAAGACUGUAGUUUGGCUCAAAAAUAUGCUCAAUUAGAUGUUGGACCAUCGAGGAGUGUUGAAGAGGAAACUGGAAAAGAUAAUUCUGUGUCUUCCAUUGUUAAGGAACAACAUCUGAGUAAACCUACCAGUCAUCCUCAACCAUUGAAACGAUCAAGUUACUCCAAAAUUAUUUUGGAUCAAAAAACAACGACCUCUUCUGCAUCUGAGUGUGAAAUAGAUCAUAAUGGGAAGAGAACACAUAGGAAGAGCAAACCAAAUGUCACCAAAGGGCGAGGAUCAAAACGAAUUCGAGGUAAGACUGCUAAGAAGGAACCUAGAGCUUCAAAGUCCAUGCUGGUGACUCUUCGAGCUUCCCAGGAAGAGGAUGAAGAUGAUGCUGAAGAUUUUGAACCUUAUUAUGAAGAAGAAACCUAUCAUCUUGCCCCAGAAGAAUUAAACAAAGCACCAGUGUUUGUACCUGUUGGUCUCAGAUCCCCUGAACCUGUUUCUGCUCAGAUUGAGGAAACAAUGGAAGAGCUUGAAAUCACAGAGAAUGUUGCAGAUGUAGGAUGUGUAACUGUUGUUGAGCAUCAGCUUCCCCACAUGGAUGUGACUACCCAGGAAGUGAAGCAGGGAAAAGAUUUGUAUACAUCAUCAUUUGAAAUGACCUCAGGAGAACAAGCUCCAAGGGUAGCAGAUCCCAGCGAUGGAAGCACCGAAGCUGCCAUAACUUUGCUGACAAUGGGAGAUAUAGUCCUGCAGUCAGAAAUCAGUACUGACCAGGGUGAUGUAGGUGUGUGCAUAUUUCAUUCAGAGGAUAGGAGUCAUAUUCGUUUUAGCACAGAAAAUGUAACUCACAAGCCCGUUGAUGAAUAUCAAGAAUUUAAUUCACUUAUCACAAGUGCAUCUACUGCAUCAUUGGAAGACAGGAUUGUGUCAGAGGAACGGACUAUUGGAGAAAAAGUUGAUUUAAUGGAAGAAAUAAAGGAAACUACACCAACCAGAAAUGCAGUUUCUCAAGGGACCAGCAGUUUAAGAAUGAGGAGUAGAUUUGUGAAGCCGAAGUCAAAUUUUGAGAAAAUUUCAGAGACCAGCAUGUUUGAUGCUCAUAAAGAAGUUUCCAAUUUUUGUAUAGCUAAAGGGGAAGAAAAACAAAGUCAAAGAGAAACUGAGCAAAAUGUUUCCAAAGCAACAGAAUUGGAAGAUAAAACCCUUGGGCCAGUUACAACAGCAGAAAGUAAGGAGCAGAACCAAUUGACAAGUAUCCAUUGUGUCAAAGGGACCAGUAUUCCACUGGAAGCAAACCUAGUGAAAAGAAAUGAAGAGGAAGAAGAGAGAGCUGAGGUGGCUCAGGUUCUGUCAGUUACUUCAGUUUCUCCUGAGACAGUUCCUCAUACACUUGGUUCGAGUUGGGGUCUUUGUGAGAGUUCUAUGGAAGAGACCUUGAGAAAGGACUCUACUGGAGAAAGUGUGCUCACAUUUCAUGCACCAGAGUGUACAUCAACUUCUAUUCCAGAAGUCCAACAAAAGAAUGUAAUCAAUCCUGAAGAUCUAGCAGUGAAUCUGUUUUCGAAUAUACAUCAAGAUGGAGAUGAUGAACAAGCAGUCAUUUUAACUCUGGUGGAAAUCCCAACCAGUGAAGCAGGAGAAUUUACUGGUGAUUCUAUGCAGUUAAUGCCAAGCCCUUUACUACCAGCACCGAUAUUGAUCAAAUCAGGGAAUACUGAAGAAAGAAGUGACUUGAGCUUGAAUUUGCCAGUAACUUCCAUUGUUCAAGAUACCAGUUUAUCUAAUUGUGGAAGAGAUGAUUCUGAAACUGCUGAUAAUUUGGAUCCUAUAUCUAGGAAGAGAUUUCAUCGCAGAUAUGAUGAAAGUGAUCUUGUUCCUCCUGCCAAAAAAUCUUCACUCCCUUCAGAAGCUGAUUGGCAAGAAUACAUUUCUGAGGUGUGUUCAAAGGAAUCAAAUGUUUCUGAGGCAACAGGGAUGUCUUACAACAGACAAGGCAUUUUCCCUGCCUCAGAAAGCAUACAUACAACUCCAGAACCUCAAAGUGAGCAACUGGAUCCAACUUUUCAGAAUACAGGAUCUGUUCCUCAUGAUAAUAUAAGAGAUCUCUGUGAAGAAAGGAACAUGGUUCAAUUGCCUCAAGAUGAAAUGAUUGUGUCUGAUAAAGAAGAAAGAUCUAAUGCUGGUUCUAAAUCUGAACAGAUAGAUAAAGGAACAUUGCCUUCAAAAGCCCCACUAACCAGACCUGGUAGAAGACCCCUGGGAUUUUUAUCUUUAAUAUGUCCAAAGAAUAGUGUGGAGUCUGAUGAACCUACUCAGGUCCAUAGUAAGAAGCGCCUAAAACCUAUUAUACCUGUAUCAAGACGAAAUUUGAAAAGAUCGACUGUCCUUACAGAAGGCCAGAAAAAACAGCAAGAAUCUUCUGAUGUGCUUCCAACUGUUAAUACUCAGUCCCAGAAUACUGGCAAUUCAACAACUCAGGUUUGUAGUGAUCAACCCUCACUAAAAGGAGAAUGUAAAAGUGGCCAAAACCGGGCACCUGAAGAUGAGCCACCCACAGUCUCUGAAUAUUUCUUUGGUGAUAUAUUCAUUGAAAUGGAUGAAAUAGUAUAAAAUAAUUGUUUUUGUUUUUUCUUUCUUUUUUAAGCUUGGGAGUUUUAAAGUCAAUAUUAAUGCAGUAUUGAGAAAAACAUAUCAUUGUCUAUUUUAACUUAGGUCAAUUUUGAAUAUUUAAUAAGCUUCAUUGGAAGCUUUUGUAAUCAUUGAAAAAUAUUGCUGAAGUUUAUUUUGAUUGAUUCAGCAUUUUGGAAAUUAGCAAGUAAUGAAGACGGCUGUUUUUGCCGGGCACAGGUGGCUCAUGCCUGUAAUCCUAGCUACUCAGGAGGCUGCGAUUUGAGGA